AUGCCCGAGUCUCCGCAAAUGUUUCCCGGCCACCUCGACGGCCUUCAUGUUGAUUUCUGCACUCAGCAGGCCCAGCUUGCUGCUUCAAACCCUACAACAACGAUGACAUCGACACUUCAUCGGUGCUCCUGCUCGACAAGAGCGCUCGAGACACUUGUGAAAGAGCUCGCUGGCAUCGAUCUUCGUCGACAUCGAGCCCAGCGCUUCUUCCAGCACUCCCGAGCCCUCAGCACACGACCUCCCACGCGACACGUUGCCACGGUCGCACACACGCACGCAGACCAUGGCUUCGUGUCAUUUCAGCCGGGCAGCAGCAGCAGCAGUCAGAGUGCCGGUGGCUCGGCCAGAUCAAGCCAGGCGACUACAGCCGGGACACAAGGAGACCCAGAGGCUAGCCAGCGCAAAGACGAGGGCGAUCGAGAGUGGCAUGCAGAGAUCGAGACAAUGCAGCCUGGCAGACGCGAAGAGACAGAAGUCAUCAGUCAAGUCGGCACCAUCGACUCAGUCCGUCUGCCAGAUCCAGGUCUUGAACUCGCGUGCAACGACGUCGCCAACCCAGUCGCUCCUAUUCUACAUCUCCCUGCGAUAUCACAGCGCUUCACGCAAGGGGACGCCCAACCAAUGUCGGCGAUGAAACCAGCGCUAGGAUCCAAAACUACAAGUCGAAAGCUUCGGAAGGCCAGAAGGAUUGAAGCGGGUACCUACAAACCAGCUGCAGACUCCAGGUUGACUGCGUUGGAUAAGAUAGAAAUGCUGGAAGGCCCGUCGAUGAAGCAGAAGGCUGAACAGCCAAUGACUCACGAACUUGAAACAAAGUCGGCCGCACAGAACCAGACCAUCGACGGGAAGAGGAGAAGCAAAGCAACGGUUGGCGCAAAGGGUGUUACAAAGAUGAAAGAAAACAACACUGGCUCUUCGAAGCACACAGCGCCGUCGCGAACGCCUCCCAAAGACAAGACUGUCAAGAAGGAGACAUGGCAAAUCCAAAAGGCGGCUCUUGACCGCAAAUUCGCUGGGCAGGGAUGGCAGCCACGCAAGCGCCUCUCACCAGAUACUCUCGAAGGUAUUCGUGCCCUCCACGCCUCGGAUCCAGCUUCCUACUCUACUGCUACCUUAGCCGAACAUUUUCAGAUCACACCGGAGGCCAUCCGCCGCGUACUUCGAUCAAAGUGGCGACCAAAGCCUGAGGAGAUUGAAGAUCGCAUGAAGCGAUGGGAGAAUCGUGGAUUGAGGAAAUGGGAGGAAAUGUCGGCUACGGGAGUGAAGCCGCCGAAGAGAUGGAGAGAUAUGGGCGUUCAGAAUCCCUUGUUGAAGAAGAAGCUCCAGAAGAAGGAGCGCUCAAAUGAGGCUGGGUGGAACCGGGCAGAACAGUUGGCCGACAGACUUCCUUUUGGGGGGUCUUUCGCAGAGAGACUGCUGUAG